UAUCGUGCCCCUGCCCUGUAUAAAAGGCUUCAGAGUGCCUGCAGUCCUGCCUCCUUCAGCCAUGGCAAGGAUGAGGAGCCUGUGGUUCUUGGCUGUUGUGCUCGCAGCCCUGGGCGGGUGCCGGGGCUCGGAGCAGGCCGCGCAGUGCCCCGGCGCCGUGGCGGUGCAGAAGCGCAUUGACUGCCACCCGCAGCCCGGCGCUUCCCGGGAGGCCUGCGAGGCGCGGGGCUGCGUCUGGUGCUCCGCCGGGGCGUCCAACGCGCCCUGGUGCUUCUUCCCUGAGGACAGUCCCUAUGGCUACGCCCGCAGCGGCAGCGCCCAGCAGACGGACAAGGGCUGGAGAGUCACGCUGAACAAGCGCCAGGCCUUGUCCCUGUUUGGAAAUGACAUUUCCCCAAUCGUCUUGGAAGUGGAGUUCCAGACAAAGGACAGACUCCGGUUCAGGCUCUACGACCCCAACAAGCAGCGGUUUGAAGUCCCACUCAAGAUCGAUGGCCCCGGGGUUACCGCUGAAGAGGCCAACUAUGAGGUGGAGUUCUCGGAUGAUUCCUCACGCUUCAGGAUCAAGAGGAAAAGCACUGGCACCGUGCUGUGGGACAGUCCCCUGGUUGAUCUGUUUUUCUCCAACCAGUUCCUUGAGAUCACCACCACUGUGCCAUCUACUUCUGUGUAUGGGUUUGGUGAACAUGAGCACCCGACCUUCAAGCACAACAUGGACUUCGUUACCUAUGGAAUGUAUGCCAGGGACCAGCCACCAACGUCAUUUGCCAACCUCUAUGGAGUUCACCCUUUCUACAUGUGCGUAGAACCAGACUCCAAUGCCCACGGUGUUCUCCUUCUGAACGCCAAUGCACAAGAUGUUACUCUGUCUCCAAACCCAUCUUUAACUUUCCGUACUAUUGGAGGGAUCCUCGACUUCUAUCUCUUCAUGGGACCAACUCCUGAGAAUGUGGUUCAGCAAUACACUGAGGCCAUUGGACGCCCCCACAUGCCAGCCUACUGGUCUCUGGGAUUCCAGCUCUCCCGCUAUGGCUAUAACAGCCUUGAUGCUUUAAAGGCAACUGUUGAUCGCAUGAAGCACUAUGACAUCCCAUAUGAUGUCCAACAUUAUGAUAUUGACUACAUGGAACGUCACCUGGACUUUACCUAUGAUAAAGUGAAUUUUGCUGGUCUGCCAGAGUUCAUGAAGGAGCUGAAGAAGAACGGAAAGCACAAUGUGGUGAUUCUGGACCCUUUUGUAACCAAGGAUGAGGAGCCAGGCACUUACAGACCUUAUGAACUCGGCCAGGAAAUGGGAGUGUGGGUGAACAACUCUGAUGGUGUGACUCCUGCUCUUGGGCAGAUCUGGCCUCCUGGAUAUUCCGUGUUUCCUGACUUCACCAACCCCAGGACAGUGGAAUGGUGGACCACGUUGUGUCUGGAGUUUAAGGAUGUUCUUGACUACGAUGGCAUCUGGAUUGAUAUGAAUGAGCCGGCCAAUUUCAUGAGAGGCCAGCUACCUGGAUGUGCUGAUACUGAAAUCAAUAACCCUCCUUACACUCCUAGCAUCACUGAUCGUUCUCUGGCGGAAAAGACACUGUGUCCUGACUCCAAGACUUACCUUGGAGACCACUACAACACACACUCUCUCUUUGGCUGGUCCCAGACAGAACCAACUUUCAAUGUUGUCCAGCAGGCUACUGGCAAGCGGGCAUUUGUCUUGGCUCGGUCCACGUUUGUUGGCAGUGGGAAGCACGGUGGUCACUGGCUUGGUGACAACUUCUCCCUGUGGAAGGACCUGCACCACUCAAUCAUUGGAAUCCUGGAAUUCAACCUCUUUGGCAUUCCCUAUGUUGGUGCUGAUAUCUGUGGGUUUAACUACAACACUACCUACGAACUCUGCCUGCGUUGGAUGCAGCUUGGCUCUUUCUAUCCAUUUUCCAGAAAUCACAAUUCAAUUGAAAACAUAGUAAGUAAACAAAGUUACAUAAAGCUAUAG